CGCAUUUCGCUCCUUCUUCUCAUCAAUCCCCAAAAAAUUCCCCAAUCUCCUCCUUCCUCUAUAUAUAUAUACCAAUCCCCUUCCCUUCCUUCCAUUUCAGCUGCUUCUUCUUCCUCUAAUUAUCUCUACCUCUUGUUCUCAUUUCCAUGGCGGCAGAAGAGUUCCAGGAGUCCGACGUGUUCUUCUCCGGUGACCGGGAAGUCGCAGAUCUGCACCACAAUCACCAUCAUCAUCGUCAUCGGCGGCAGCGGUCGAGGAACAACAAGAAGCAGAAGAAAUCGGGCGGCGGCGGUGAUAGUAGUGCUCGUGCUGCUGCUCCGUCGGUGCCGGUAGACAUCCCGACGAACGUGUUCCGGUUCGGAGAUUCCGAUGAAUACGAGGAGGAGGAGGAGGAGGAGGAGGAAGGAUUGAUUAUCCCGCCACACGUUAUCCUGGCUCGGAGGGUGGCCGGAAAAAUGGCGUUCUCGGUGUGCACGGGGAACGGGCGGACGUUGAAGGGGAGGGAUUUGAGCCAGGUCAGGAACUCCAUUCUUCGGAUGACUGGCUUUCUCGAAACUUAAAAACUCCUUGAUUGGAAGAAGAUGGGAGGAUCCGAGGAUCACUUCGCCGGCCCGGCCCGGCCCAGCCUAAAUUCUGGGCUGAUGUUUUUCUUUGUAAGGUGAUUGUUGGCCCAAAUUUCACUCUCGGCGUGAAAUUGUGGACUGGGAAAGGGGAAAUUAUUAUGAACAAUAUUCAGAUUGCCAGGUUGUUGAUUGGAAUAUAUUGUUCGCGGUGUUUGUCAAAAAUGACAAACCAAGAGUGAUUUUUAAAAGCAGAAAUAGAUGAUUAUUGUUGUUGGUGAUAAUUAUUUUGUUUAUUUAUUGUAAGUGAAGAAAUGUUGUGUAUAAAUAAUCCAGUUGUGAUGUAAAGAUAAUUUAAAAGGUGCACAGUGCGCCACCGGCCACCGCUGCUGCCUGCUAGUUACUGGGAGCUGGAAUUAUUUUGUCGUCAAUUUUCAUGCGUUUAUGUAUAACUUAACUAUAUAUACAUCAAAUUAAUAAAAUCGUAAAGAAGAAAAAUAAUCGUCAGGCCGACGUCAUAAAAAAGGAGGAGCUACUAGCUAGUAAGCCCAUUUAUGCCACACGGAUGGACCCAGAAAAAUGAAUUUGCGUUUUGGAU